AUGCUCUACAAGCCGGCCGAGGUGGAGGUCGAGACUGUGAGGCGACGCGUCGCGGGCAGCAAGGAGAUUUACCUGGUCGACGCCCCUUGGGGGGCCCUGUCUUACUUUCGCAAGAGCGGCCGGGGAAGUUUCGAACUGCUCGCUAUUCGCAAGGACUCGCAGGUGGUGCGCCCGAUUCGCAGUGCAGCACUGGAGCUCGCGGACCGCUGGAUUGCAGAAGUGGUGGACGACCCGGCACUCGGCGAGUAUGUGACAGCCGCCAGCCAGGUUGGGUCUGGCAGGGACACUCCCGAAGACGACGAGGAAGCGGCACAGGACGAUGUGGUUUCUCAGCUGCAGGCGCGGAUCCUGGAGCUGGAGGCCCAGACGACUGCGUCGGCCGAACGUGCGCCCUUGACUCGCGGCCCUCGGUCUUUAUUCGAUGGCCUGGCUGGCGGCUCCCCCGAUCUGACGGCUCAGGAUUGGAAGCGGCUACAAGAAGCAGCCGGCCCUCAACCACAUCGCUUGGCCCAGCACGAGAGGCAACCUCGGGAGGCAGGUGCCCAAGCCGAGAACGACGACCUGGCGGAGAUCGAGCUGGAGGCCUUAGCGCAAGACGAUGCACCAGCAGACCCGGCCCAAGCCGCGAUGAUGCGUUUCCUGGCGACCCAGACGCAAGUUCUCGCUCAACUUGCUGCCGCCAGAACGCCGCCUUCGGAUCCGAUCGCACAUGCCUUGCAGGGUUCAGGCGGCUCGGGCAGCGAAGGAGGCAGCAGCGUCACAGGGGCCCGCGGUGUCGCGGCCAGGGAUGCUUACCUUCGUGUGCUGAAGGAAUUCGCUCAGGCGGUCGCGGCCAGGGCGCAGACGGAGCUCGGGUUGGCGAGCCAGACUCCUGGAAUGAUGCGGCAGUUCAUGGAAAGGAAGGUGCCAAUCCGGGAGCUGAAGACGCUGACACUGAUGGGCUUUUUCUUUGCUCACAUGUGGGAGGACGCCCGGUCCCAGGGAGACGAGCUGGCCGAGUUUUGGGCGGCAAGGGGUCUGGUUAUGGUGGAGCAGUGGGCGAUCGACAACGGCCGGUCGCAAAUGGCUUGGCUGCUUGGGGGUCUUCCCGACCCAGACACCUCGCUGCUGCAACAUCGCCGCUCGGACCUUCGCCCUUAUGCGAGGCUGUGCCAGAGCACGUGGAUCGCAGCCCAGGUGGCCUACCUCCGAGACAUAGAGUUCUUAGAGGGCCGGAUGAAAACCGGAACGCGUGGGGGGCCGACACACACGGCGACCGGCGAGGAGGCAGAGGACCCAGCAGCAGCGAGUGCACCAGCUCGAACGCAGUCACCGGCGAAUCUUGAUGGUCACCAGGAUGUGCCCUCGCAUCCUGUGGCCUUGUCCCCCGCCGCGGUGGCGAUGGACAGGGCAGCUUGUGUUGACGGCCCUUUGUCCCCGGACCAGCUUGACAUGCAGAGCAUUCUCAGCCGUCACGUGUGCCACUUCCUCGGAGCCGCGCCGCUCACAGGUGAACUGCCGUGUCAUGUUGUGCCAUGCUCGAAUGUGGACCUCACCGAAUUAGUUGAUGCAUUGGCUGCCGAGUUUGAGACGGUUGCCUACCGCAAGCCGUUCCCUAGGGGUGACACUGCAGAGCUGCUGGCAGUAGAUGAUCAUGUUGUUGCUCAGAAGCUCACCCGAAACGAGUUUCGUGCAGGAACACGUGCGCGUGAUACAGAGAUCUUCGAGCAAGCCGAGAAAGCCUAUCGUGAUGUUCAAUUGGUGCAACAUGAGAAAAAGAGAAAGCGAAAUCUUCUCCAAGGCGUUUUCCUUGGUGCGGAGGUUGACGGCGAAGUCGGGCUUGUGGGGGCCCCCCGCCACCGCACAGGAGUCUUGAUGUACUUGACCUGCCAGCUUGUUUUUCGAGGCACCGCGACGAGCGCGUUACUUGCAUCGAUCAUUGGAUUGUGGAUCCACGUCUUGAUGUUUCGUCGGCCAGCGCUCUGUAUCCUCAGCGCUGCCUUCGUCGAUGCCGGGCACCUGCCCCGCGAUGCUGUAUUCCCGCUCUCACGGCAGACCCUUAACGAACUUGCUGCCUUGGUUGUUUUGGGCCCUGUGCUGCAGGCCGACUUGCGUGUUGAGUACACACCUUUCUUGUACGCGAUGGACGCCUCGCCAAGUGGAGCAGGCAUCUGCCGCGCUCCGGUCCCACAGCAUGUGAUUGCUGAGCUGUGGCGGCACACCGAGCAGAAAGGUUAUUACUCGAAGCUUGAGUCUCCUGCGGCCGCUCUGCUGCGUGAACAAGGCCUGGAACCUACGGCGCCCUCUGAGAUGCCUAAGCUUGGGUUUUGUGCUGAGACGCUUUUUCCUAGGCCCCUUCAGGAAGGCAUUCUCUUUGAUGUGCUUGAGGUGUUCUCGGGUUCCAAAGUUUGGACGCGUGCCCAUGUGCAGCUUGGCAUGUCUGCGCACCCGGGCAUCGACAUUGCGGAACCUCCGCCUUUCAGCUCGGAUCUGGGAGACAAGACUGUGUUCCAGGAGGUGCUUGCGCUCGUGCUUCGGCGUGUCGUUGGUGAGUUUCAUUUUGGGCCGCCCUGCCGUACAUUUGGAACACUUCGGCGCCCACGUUUGCGCAGCAAGACCAGGUUGGCCAGGCGCACCGCCUUCCUUUGCAGUCUGAUCCUGCGAAUGGGGGGUUCUUAUUUUGGCCGGAGCCGUAGUGACGCGCUUUUGCAGCUGCUCUUUUGGUUCGCCCUUCAUGAAACCUAUGCAGUGGUUACACAACAAGCCCUGAUGGCAGCCGGAAGCCUUCAAGCCAAGCGUGGAGCGCUUGAGAUCAUCCCCUUGUCAAUUAAGUGUGCCUGUCUAGAAGAGUUCGGUUGGAUUGUGCCGUCGCACAAUGGCGAAUCUGACGAAUCUCUAGCUGUUGGGCCGACUAGCAGAGCCUUCUUCGACGAUCCGGAGUGGGUUGGCGAACUAGCCGACUCCCUCCCCUUCGAGGAGAUUGUGAGGUACCGCUUCAUUCGGCAGGGGCACAUUAACAUCCAAGAGGCCAGGGCGCGCAAGACCUGGUUGAAACAUUUGUGCCGCUUCUUUCGUAGGUCUAGGACUGUGGGUCUCAUUGAUAGUAGGGUUCUUUUAGGUGCUAGCGCAAAGGGGCGCUCCAGCAGUGCCGCCCUGAGCCACGUGCAGCGCACUGAGCUCCCCUUCGUGCUAGGGGGCGGCUUGUACACAGGAGGGCUGCACAUCUACUCCAGCAAGAACCGCGCUGAUGGACCUUCCCGCGACAGACCUCCCGAAGCUCCUACGAAGGCCCUGCCCGUCUGGUACGAGGCUCUCUGCCGACGCGACUACAGUCUCUUCGACGUGUACCUGGCCUCACAAGGUGUCCCCAAACUCGCCUCACGCUGGUUGCGUUUGUUGUUGCUCCUUGGAGGCGACAUUGAGCGAAACCCAGGACCAGCUACUGGCGUGUUUGGGGCCACCGGUCGUCGCAGCGCUAGACUGCCACGCCAGCCUCAACCUCAGGUGUCGGUGCAAUCUGCGCGUGCCGCCGCUCUGUCGGGAUCUGCGAGCUCCACCAGUUCUGCAACGCAAGCCCCUGCUGCUGCAGCCCGUGGCGCCUCGCUUCCGCCAGGGAGGCACGCCUGCGCACCUGCUCGCCCGGCUCGUGGCCCCCUCGACUUGCAGUCCGGCUUUGCUGCGUCCACUCGUCAGAAGAUGACUAAGAGUCUCGAGGCUUUCAGGUGCUGGCUGUUGGAUGAGUUUGGUUUGUCUCUUCAGCAGGUCCUUAGUUCGCAACGCAGUGCUGCGCUUGCCCUGCGAGCGUAUGGCCUUGCACUUUUCGAAGGUGGCUUCCCCCGCUACCUGUUGGUGUAUGCUAUCACUGCGGUGCAGGACCUCUGUCCAGAGUUCCGUUCCCAUCUGACUCCUGCAUGGCAGAUUGAUAAGAAGUGGCAGCUUGCAGAACCCGGUUCGUGCAGACCUGUCAUUUCUCGACCGGUCCUGCUUGCAGCCCUCAGCCUGGCGCUGCUGUGGGGCUGGGCGGACUGGGCUGCAGUUACACUGCUAGGCUUCUUGUGUAUGCUUCACCCGAAUGAGUUCAUUGUCCUUUCCCGUGGUGACCUGGUGCUGCCUGUCGAUGCACUUUCGGCCGACAG